UUAAAAAAAAAAAAAGUAAUUUUUCUGUCUGUGGCUUACUCAGCUGGGAAAGAUUCCGACUGUUGUCUACACUGUGUUUAUGUUAAUUGACAGCAAAUAUUCAGCAGCUGUUCUUGAGAGUCUUGCCAGUUUUUGAGAGGUGGUAUUUGAAGGAAUAUGGCUUCAGUAGCAUGCAUCUGUGGCUACAUGCUCUUAUGUGUAUACAGUGCCCACAUGCAUAUUUCCAAAACGGCAUUAAAUUCUUCCGAAGCUAAUCGCUUAAGGAGUUUAUACCACAACAAAAUUACUGAUCCCUCAGCCAAUUCCUUUAGUCUGGCCAUUCUCAAAUCUGGUAGAAGUGUCAAGGGUUGUUCUACUUUUGUAGUUAGGUUAGUAGCAGAGGGUACUCAGCCACCAGCAACGAAUAUGUUUUUUUGGUUUCUUCUACCUCAAAAUCUAACAGAACUUCUGCAGAAAGCCAAAAGCUUGUCUCCUACUAGAAGAGAUCUUCUGAGAGUUUCUCUCCUCUUUACUCAGUCACACAAAGGGAAUCGGGAAGUUCUGGAAUCGCAAAUACCAUGCCACCUGGGAGCUCUGCAGAUGUAAGCAGAGCAGCUGCAGCAUGCAGGUAGUAAGUGUGAGAACACUGCGUCCAGACUCGGAGUUUAGAAAAUACCAAGAGCAUAAGAGGAAGGGGAAAAAAGGGUUCUGUGUCAACAGAUGAUGUGUUUUUGAACAAGAUUUAUCCCUGUUUAUGCUGAAUGCAAAGUCACGGUCACCCCAUAUUAGUGAGCAUGACUAUACAUACAAAUUUACCUAGUUAUCAAAUACUCACACCAUAUGCAUUUCUAGCGAUGUGCAAGCUGGUAGCCACAUCUAAUCCAGAAUAAGAUCUUCUACCAAAUAGCUACUUUGUGUCUUCUUGUAAAAUCUUGGAGCAAAAAUGCUGUUCGGCGUUCUUAAAGGGAUUAUUUCAUGAACUUCAUAGUGAAGUUCGUUCAUGAACUUCGCUAUGCUUCAAGAAUUGUAAUAUAUAAAAGCUGCAUAAUUUUCCUUUUCUGAAGUUGUGCUGGAUGGUCUCAUAUCAUGGCUAUGUAUAUGUUUUACAACUUCUACUUGAGUUAUUGUUUUAAUAAAUGUGCAUUCUGUUGGCAUUCUGUGCAAGGGUCUUUACUCAAAACUUUUUAAAGAGGUUGGUAGUUCUCAGUAUCUAGGGUAACGGUGAUAAGACUGUGAAAUUAUAUUACAGUCAACAGCUCAGGCACUUCGUGCUUAAAUUACUUCAUUUAUCUGAGUGGAAUCAUAUGGCUCUGAUGGCAUAUUGACUGUUAAUGAAUUGUUUUGGUCCAGUGCUUACUCUUUUAAUAUCUUGGGUACAAACAGCAUCUCUUGUGUUAGUACCUGAAAAGGGUAGGUGCACAGCAGGUGUCAAUCUAAUAUCCUCUGUAACUAAAUUUUUACAGAAGUCUUCUAACUCAUUUGUAUCACCCUUAUUCUCCUACAGUUCUCGUUGUUCCAUGAACAAUCUUUAGGAGGAUCAGGCACCGCAGAGGAUCUUAAUCCUGACAUCUAGCACAGUGAUGGCAAGAAUCUCACGUGCUGCACUGCGUACCCUGUGGAUCCUUUUCUUUUCAUAUGCAACAAAUGAAAUUAUGGCUACAGGACAUGUACAGGAGUUUGCAUGCUUCACUGACUAUGCUGAAGAACUGGUUUGUCACUGGAAGGUGCCCACACAGACAAACUGCUCCGAAGCUUUCCUGCUCUAUUAUAGGAAGGAAUUUUUGUCGCUGAAAAACGAUGUCUGUGUCCCUGAGAAUGGAAAAGAGAGUUUCACCUGCACUUGUACAAUAUUUUCUGAUUAUUUUGUGUCAGGCCUCACCUAUAUCCUAGCUCUGCAGUUCAAUGGGACUGAUAUGUGGAAUUACAGUGUUACACCAGCCUUGGUUGUUAAGCCAAGGGCCCCCAAAAAUCUUGCCAUUGAGAAAGCUGAAAAUGGUAAUUUCAAUCUGAGCUGGGAAGAGAGCUAUACCCCUCCAUCCAUGUUCUCUGGACAGCCGGUGAUCUAUGAAAUAAAAUAUUGGAGCAAACAGGACCCCACAGAGGUUUCUAUAAAAUCAAUUAACUAUCAGACAAAAAGCUUCGAAAUCAUUGCAAGCUCUUUGAGGAAAGGGUAUGAUUACGUUGUAAGUGUACGGUGUAACUAUACAGAAUACCCAGCCUACUGGAGUGACUGGAGUGAAAGAGUUGAAUUUCACUAUGAUUAUCAAGUAACCACUGAAGACAUUCUGCAGAUGGCUGUUCCUGUAUCCUGCAUACUGAUCAUGGCAGUAGCUGUAAUUUGUUACUUCUGUUUUACCAAAGUGAAGAAGGAAUGGUGGGAUCAAAUCCCAAAUCCAGCCAAGAGCCAUUUGGUUGUAAAAAAUGUCAAGUUUUCAGUUUUGUGCUACAUUGAUGAAAUGAAGUUCCCUUUCCAUGACUUAAAGCAGAGUCAUAUGGAAAACCAAAUAAGUUGCAAGAACUGUCUGGCUCAGAGUUUGUCAGGCCAAAGCUUCAAGGUAAAAGAUAACAUCACAAAUGUUGAGGAAUCUUGCAGUUGCCACAGCAAGUCUGGAGACUGGUUCCCAAAAGGCUACGGUGCAGUUUUAACCCCUGAGACAAUUCUGGUUGAAAAGUCUCUUGAAAUCUGUGAAUGCUUAACAGACAUUGAGGCUGAGAGCCAGGAAGAGACUCGUGACCGGGUCACCACGUUUGAGCCUUGUGAGAGCGAUGCCAGUACUUUCAGGGAGCACGUUGAACACAAUGAUGCACUAGCUAACAUGUUCAUUGAGCUCCUGGCAGAUGAAAACAAUACACGAGGCAGUAAAGAUGUAGACAUCAUCACAGAUGAGAAUAAAAUCUUUGAGAGACUUGAGUCAGAAAAGCCAUCACAACAAAAUCCAAAAGAAAAUCUAGACCAGCAUCAGCAGCCAUGUGGUAUUUUUCACACAGACUCCCUUUUCUCUGAAGUCUCACAGGAUGACUACAAUUGCAGUACAGCCAGCAAGAAGUCAGCACUAUCAGAAGAAUCCUUUGAAUCUGGCUAUCAAAGCUCCAACACAAAUUCUGCCUCCCUGGAGGCAAGAUCUCCUCCUGAUAUGCUUGACCAAAGCCUUUUUUCGUGCAGUUCUGAAACUCAGCAUGACUCAUCUAUCCUGAUUCAGGAACCACCAAAUGAACCAGCCUUUGAGAUCAUCGAAGGCCAAAUAAGCCACUCUGCACACGAGAGCGUUGAUAGCCGUAUGUUUUCAUCCAUGGGGCCCUGCAGCUCUGCAUACAAGAGCUUUGAUACCCUUGUGUCUCCAUCCACAGAACCUUGUAGCUCUGCGUACAAGAGCUUUGAUACCCUUGUGUCUCCAUCCACAGAAUCUUGUAGCUCUGCGUACAAGAGCUUUGAUACCCUUGUGUCUCCAUCCGCAGAACCUUGUAGCUCUGCGUACAAGAGCUUUGAUACCCUUGUGUCUCCAUCCACAGAACCUUGUAGCUCUGCGUACAAGAGCUUUGAUACUCUUAUGUCACAGUCUAUGGCUAACAAUAGUCUGACUCUAUGUUUUGAAAACAUGUACUCCUCACCGCCUUUGACACAGUUUUCAGAGAAUCCAGAACUUUGUUGUAGAGAUCGAAUUUAUCAACCUCUUAGCGAUCAGAGAUGUUAUGCCAACUACAGAUCUGCCUGCACUGAGCUUGAUUUUCAGAGCACCUGUUCAGAUCAUACUGAUUUUCCAUCUUUCUCCACACGUGCAAAUGACAGAGUUUCAGCUUUCCUACCAGAGGAGGAAAUACAUAAGCAAAUAACAUAUCAAAAUAUUCAAAAGAAAGCAGACGUAAUUUCUUGCCCCACUGGACCUCAACCGUCUGGUUAUCAACCUUUUGAUACUGCAGUUAAAUGUAACAAUACCUACUCUGACAAUGACAGUGAGGUUAUCAGUAGGUCACGAUGUGAACCCUUUAGUUGUCUUCUGUACAACAACCUCAGAGAAGCACCUCCAGGUACCAUAAUCCAUGAACAUGACCAGAAGACAGACAACCAUGUAUGUUUGGUUUUACAGGGCUUUGAUAGUAGCAUUGUCCCAGGCUUAGUCGCUAGUGAGAAUGUCUCACAGAACAGUGAUAACAGGCUUUGGAUUAUCAACUCUAAUGAACUGUCUAAUAGCAAAGAUGAAAAUACCAUCAGAGACUUCAGCUCUAACAAAUGCAACAGCUGUAACUCGCAAGAUUUUAAAAGCAGAGAAAAAACUAUAAAGGGGACAAAACCUGACACUUUGGACUAUGCUGGUAAAGGAAUGCAAAAGAGCAGCAGUAACAUUCUAAAUGCUGACUUCCAGUGCCACAUACAUACCCAUUUGAAGAAGCUUGGAAAUACAAGGGAAAAUAAAGAGGUGAUACAGCAUGUGGUAAGCAGAAGAUGUGGCUCAGCAGCUAACUUACCAGAAAAAUCACUGGACAGCAGUGGGCUAAGCUUAAAAAGAAAAACUGCAGAUUCUCUGGAUCUCCUGGUUGUAGGCAACAAUCUGUCACCUCUUUCUGUGAAUAACUCCUGUCCUCCUUAUUCUUGCACCAUUCGCAAUGAGGGAUCCAAACUGACACCUCUAGUUAAAAAAAGGCCAGCAGAACUAUUGAGGGAAAACAACAGAAAGAAUGAGAAAAAAGUGAAACUUCUGCAAGUCCUUGCCCAGGAGGACAACUGUUAUAUGAAGGUAGCCUAGCCACCCUUGCCAAGGCUGAUCCAAACCAGCCUUUGGAAAUGAACUGUGAAACGUUGCUUGUUUUUCCAGGCUUGCCUAAAAUGAGGGCUGCUGCAGUUCAGACAUGGAUUCACUGAGUUUUAACACUCAUGCAUGCUACAGGGCUGGCAACGGGUGUAUGAUGCAGGCCCUUGGGGGACAUGAGCAGUUAAUACCUAACAAUUGCAGCUACAACUCAGGGAAGCAGAGCCAAAGCUAAGGUCUUCCUGGACCUGAUCCUGCUCCAAAAGUGAGCAGCAGCUGCAUAAAGUAGGAGUUCUUAUUCAGUACAGCUCCUGUGAUAAUUGCUCUGGCUCUGCGUAUGAUUGGGAAGCACACAAAGGUGAUGUGGAAGGGGCGGGCUAACACACCUGGAGGUUGAAAGUGGAUGCAAAUCAAAAGGGAAGUGACUGACUUGCUCUGACAGCAUUGCAUAUUUCCCAUAAAUUAUUUCCUGAAAGAGCGAGAGAUGUCAUGUGUGACUGGCCCGAGGCCGUUCUUCAGGAUUAGUUUCUUUUCUAAACUAUAGGGCACACAUCUGCAGUUAUUCUGUAGAAGUAAACAGAAUCAUUUCAUAUUUCCACAGCUGUAAAUGGAAUCAGACAUUUCUAAACUAUUAUUUUCCCAGAAAGCCUAUCUAGAGUAUGGUCAGACUCCCCUAAAAUGGUGGAGCGUUUUUUUGUGUCUUGUUCUGCCCAGACAGAGUGGGAAUUAUGCCCCAAGGUUGAAAAUAGUAUGUAUUUCUUGCGGGGAAAUUGUUCCAAAAGUUUUACUCAUGACUCUGAACUUUACUAGGCAUUGAAUUUUUGGCAUUGUAAAUUCCACUAUAACAUGUUGGCAGUGGUGCAAAAUAGUUAAGGACUGUUAACAAUCAUUUCAUGUCUCAAGCCAGUUCUCAUUAUGCAGAAAACCCUAUUCCCAUUCCUAUCCAUAAGCAAAGAAGAUAAGAGCAACUCUCAGCAACAACAGAUCUGUAACUGCUACACUGCAACAGGCUUGACAUGUUUGUAAGUAGGAUUUUUUACUGCAACUCUUUAUCUUCAGAGUUCAGGUUGGCCAGGUAGUAAAGGUUUCUACACACCAAUUUUGCAGCAGUUAAAAAGGGUACAUAAGCUCUGGAAGGAUACUUGCAAUGAAGUGUCUAUAUUCAGAUGUGAUAGCUAACAUUUGCGUAGGCACUGGUAUCUAGCCCAGUUUCAUUAAGGUGGUGGUUAGUAAAAGAUCUCACUGUGCAUAGUUCAGCUUCUGAUGAACAUAUUAAAAAUUGUCUUUGAAAAUA